AUGUCAUGUUAUGUGUCUUACACGGUCAUACCUCCAUAUAGUCACACAGUUGGCACAUUAGUAAUUUUUGAAAUGAAGCGUGCUUAUAAGAAUGGUGGCUAUGUGGAGGUGGAAGGUAUGACUGAUAAUAAGGAACCUCGAUGCAAUUUCUACAAGCGUCAACGUUUGAUCAUUCGUCGUUUUCCUACUCAAGACGAUGUGGGCACCUCCGAGAGAGACGAAAACGAUGAGAAACUCGACGUUCAGUCCGAAGAAAAAUGGAAGGAAGACAUUUACCAAUCGUACUAUGAGAAUUAUGAAGAUGCAGAUCUUAAUGAAGUGAUUGACAAUCAUGACGCGGCAGUAUCUACCAAUACUUCACCCGCCGCGGAAGAGCCUAAAUUCAUACACGAUCAAGAAAUCAGUUCCAUUUUCCAGCUUUUCUUGAAACAAACAGUCAGUCAACGACAAUCGGCUUUUGAAGAAUCGCAGAAAUUGAAACAAGAAUGCGCGGAUGUCCAGCAACAGUUGAAGUUGUUGCAUAAAUGUUGUGAUGUCGCACAUGAGAAAAUUAAUGUUCUCGAGAAUGAAAACGGUGUUUUGAAAGAAGUGAAUGCUUAUUUGAAGAAAUUAUUGGCAGAUAGAAAGUAG